UCGGUGAUAAUUUAUCGAAUGCGAGAUAUCUUGUGCAAAAUAAGUUUUUUGAGUUUUAAUAAUAAAAUGGAAAUUGAAAAUAAAGUGAGUGCAGAAGACUCUUUUAAAAAAAUAGUAUGUGAUAUAAUGCAACUAACAUCUGCCAUAUAUGAUGAUUUCCCAGAAGAAACAAAAUUUUCUUCUUCUAAUUCCGAUGAAGAACACGACUGUAAUUUUUGGCAUUUGAAAAGUAGUCGUGAAGAAAUCAGACCAUUGAAAAAAGAAUUUGAAUUCUUAGAAAAACAUUCAUUGGUCAAAAAGGUUAUAUUCGAAGAGAACGAAGAGUCGUCGGAAGACGAUGACGUUAUGUUUCCAUCGUCAUCAAAAAUAAAGAAAAAAAUGAAAGUAUUGAAUGAAGUGUAA